AUGCUGUGGCUGCUGUUCGUGACCCUCCCCUGCUUGGGGGGCUCUGUGCCUGUGACCCCUGGGCCUGGCCUGGGGCCCGAGCUGGUGGGCACCGACAGGGACCAUGACAUCCCUGCCGGGAAGUGGCCAUGGCAGGUCAGCCUGAGGGUCUUCAACGAAGAGUGUGACCGGUGGCAGCACGAAUGUGGCGGCUCCCUCGUCCACCCCCAGUGGGUGCUGACCGCGGCCCACUGCGUUGGACUGGAGCCACAGAAAUACAGGGUCCAAAUGGGGCAGCUGAGACUCUAUGACCACGACCAGCUGCACAACGUGGCCGAGAUCAUCCGCCACCCCAAGUUCAACGUGAGCCUGUCUGCCUGGGGGGGCGCGGACAUCGCCCUGCUGAGACUGGAGGCGCCCGUGACGCUUUCCCAGCACGUGAACCCCGUCAGCCUUGCUCCUGACUCACUGGUGCUCAGCCCCGGAACAAAGUGCUGGGUGACUGGCUGGGGCACCUUUGGGGCCCACGCCCUGCCAUCCCAAGCCCACCGCCUGCAGGACGCGGAGGUCCCCAUCAUGGAGAACCAGGUCUGCGAGAAGAUCUACCGCCAGGGGUCACCUGCUGGAGGCCACGGCCGUGUCAUCAAGAAGGACAUGCUGUGUGCAGGGAGGAGGGGAAGGGGCUCCCGCCAGGGUGAUGCGGGGGGCCCCCUGGUCUGUUCCUGGCUGGACAUGUGGAUCCAAGUGGGAGUGCUGAGCUGGGGCAUGGCCUCUGGGCGCAUCAACUAUCCUGCUGUCUACACCCGCGUGAUGACCUACUCAUCCUGGAUCUACCAGCACGUCCCCCUGGGGCCUUGAUGGGCCUGUGUGGCCGAGGAGCCAGCCACCCCUGCCACCUCCCCCGUUCGGCACCACCGUCUCCCAGGUGCCCUGUCCCCGCGGUGCCCUGUCCUUCUCUGACUUUGGGGCGCAAGAGGCAGAGG